AUUGGCCAAGGCAACGUGGUGCCCGGAGAGGAAGACGGUGAAUGGCUGGAGCAGGAGCCUCGGGCGUCGAUUGGCUGCGGAGAGAGAGGGCGGGGCAGCAGUCAGGAAAGCGGAAGCAGCCGGCUGAGGGGAGCCGGGGGAGUCUCCAGCGGUUCAACAUGGCGGCGGGGGCGGAGACGUUCUCCCUGCGGGAAGUGCUGGUGGCGUUCACAGCCUGCGUCAGCGAGCAGCGGGAAGUCCGCGUGGACCCGUACCUGGCGGGCUGGAAAGGCCUGGUCCGGUUUCUGAACUGCCUGGGCACAAUUUUCUCCUUCAUUUCUAAAGACGCAGUGACCAAAAUAGAGAUCAUAGAGAAUUACCGUAAUAGUGACCAGCGAGAAAAGUACUUGACUGUUCAAUCCAUGGUGGAGUAUGAGCUAGCUAAUGGCCUGGUUGAUCUCCAACAGCGAUCCAAGCACCCUAACUCAGGCUGCAGAACCUUCUUGCGCCUCCACCGAGCCCUUCACUGGCUGCAGAUGUUCUUGGAAGGACUGAGGACUGGCGAGGACAACUCCAAAACCUCUGUGAUCUGCUCAGAGACGUACAAUGCUUCCUUGGCUAACUAUCAUCCCUGGAUUAUUCGCAAGGCUGCCGGGGUGGCUUUUUGUGCCUUACCCACUCGAAAUACAUUCCUUGAAACCAUGAAUGUGGGCACAGCUGAAGAGGCUGUGGCUAUGCUGGGGGAUGCUUUGCCCUAUAUCUGUGAAGUCUAUAAAAUCACAGAGGAGCUCUAUGCCCAACACAAACUGCUUGACCUCCCCUAGCGUAGGGGAUGUUUGAUUAGAAUAUCUCAAUAUUGAGACCUCUGGAAUUCACUGUAGGGGGGGGAGGGUGCACUCAUGUAAAUAAGUGGUUAUUUGCACUAGAGACUGGAUUCUCUUCCUCUCCCCCAUGUCUCUAGUAGAGCCCAUAAUUAACCUGAUUGGUACUCUUUGGCCUUUUAAAAGAAAGCUGACUUAAUUCUUGGCUCCCCUUUUAUUAGAAGAAAUUUGGAAUAAACAUUCCAAAGCCCAUAUUAGCUUGUUUAAACUUAAAGGACUUACUGCUUUUCUCUGCACUGAACUUCUUUUUCAAAACUUUAUCAGGUCUUUAUUCUUUGUAAAAGCCAAACAAAGCACCCAGCCAUGAGUGAUCACUUAAUCUUCGUAGCUCCAAUGCCUUUUUAAACAAAAGUAAUGAGGACUCUCCCUUUGUCCUACUCGUGUGAUAAUGCUAAAAUUCAGCUAAACUAGGGUUGGAACCUCUUGCUGUGAUAUUGUAAGGCCUGUGUA